CCAAUUGCCACAUAAGCUCAGUAACUUCAACAUCUCGAACCGAGACGACCCGAACUUGACUCGUUUUACGGGGAUGUUAACUUCUCCCGCGUCUUGAUAAGUCUCUUCUUCUUCACUUGCUCUCAUUCACUCUCCAUCACGAUUCACAGCUUAAAUCAGCAGGUUAUGUUGUUGAGGCAUGCUCAAAUCUUCCACUUGCUUAGUUUCAAAUGGCUCUUGUAAUUGCAGUUACACAAUCAUGUGGCUUGUGUUUUAGUACGAAACAGUUGAGGAGUGCUAUAAUCUUUCAAGCUAAGAGAGGGUACCGGAAUGUUUUGGGUAGAAAUAUGAGGUUUAGUAACUUCCUAUUAUCUAAAGUAUCGCGAAUAUGUUACCGAUCAAAGCAUAAAUAUGCUGAAAAGUUGAUGGUGGAAGUAGUCAGUUAUGACUCAAAAAGCUUAUUGGAUCGCUCUAAAUUGUUUAAUAAGGUACCGGUUCUAAUGGGUUAUAAUAGUCUUAAUGAUUUGAUUGAGAACGGAGGAGGCAAAAAGCAAUCUGCUAUGAAUCAGACAGAUGCUAUGGAUGAUUUUGAUGUUUCCAUGGCUUGUAAGAGGUUUCCAUCCAUCAUUCUGGGUCACUCUCCUCCAGUGGAGUUGUAUGAUGAGACCAAGUGUAGCUCUGAAAUGAGUAAUCUUUUAGCAGCUCAAAGUGCAUUUCUCCGCAAUUCUAUGGUUGAGAAUUGGGACAUAGAUGUAGAUAGUUUCUCUGAAGCAUGGUCUUCUCUGUGCCCUGCCUCUCCAAAUGUGAUCUCUUCCAUUGUUGGGGAAGAAAAUUCAAUUAAUUUGCCUUUAUCUUCUCAGUCCAUGACUUUGAAAAUUGAAGAAAAUUUUAAUAUUCCGAUUAUUGAGGAUGAAUCUUCUUACAGUAAGCCUGAAGUUCCACCAAGUUCUGCACCUUUUGAGUUAUGGCUUGAGAGAUGUAUUAGUUGUGUCCCUGGCUUAAGUAAGAGGCUCCGUGGUCAGAUGGAAAACUGUGGCUUUCACACUUUGCGGAAAUUACUACACCAUUUUCCUCGGACCUAUGCAGAUGUACAGAAUGCUCAUAUUGACAUUGAAGACGGACAGUACUUUAUUUUUGUUGGAAAUGUUUUAUCUUCCAGGGGAAUGAGAGCUGGCUGUUCUUUUUCAUUUCUUGAGGUCAUAGUUGGUUGUGAGGUGGAAGACAACAAAAUAACUUCUGAAGAUAUGGAUAACGAUCUUGUUGUAGCUAGAAAUAGAAAAAAGAAAAUUUAUCUGCACCUGAAGAGAUUCUUCCGUGGCACUCGUUUUACAAGUAUACCUUUCCUUAGAAGCAUCGAGGGAAAGCAUAAAGUGGGAGAGUUUGUGUGUGUUACUGGUAAGAUGAAGACUAUGCAAUCUAAAGAUCACUAUGAAAUGAGGGAAUACAAUAUUGAUGUGCUGAAAGAAGAUGAUUUAUCUCUUCUUGAAAAAGGGAGGCCUUAUCCAAUAUACCCAUCAAAAGGAGGCCUAAAUCCAGAUAUUCUUAGGCAAACAAUAGCAAGUGCCUUAAAUGUGUUGCCAGUCACUUUUGAUCCCAUUCCUAAAGAAAUCACUCAGAAAUUCAAGCUUCUGAGUCUCUAUGAGGCAUAUAUUGGAAUUCACCAGCCAAAGCAUAUAGAUGAGGCUGAUUUAGCUCGCAAAAGGCUUAUAUUUGACGAAUUUUUCUACUUACAGUUGGCACGCAUAUUCCAAAUGCUUGAAGGUCUUGGUACACAAAUAGAGAAAGAUGGGUUGCUGGAGAAGUACAGAAAACCUAAACUGAAUGCUGCUUAUAUUGAGGACUGGUCCAGCCUAACCAAGAAAUUUCUGAAAGCUCUUCCAUAUUCCCUAACUUCUAGUCAGCUAAGUGCUGUUUCAGAAAUUAUAUGGGACCUCAAGCAAUCUGUCCCUAUGAAUAGGCUUUUGCAGGGUGAUGUUGGAUGUGGGAAAACUGUGGUAGCUUUUUUGGCUUGCAUGGAGGUUAUUGGCUCUGGUUAUCAGGCAGCUUUUAUGGUUCCAACUGAGUUGCUUGCUAUCCAACAUUAUGAGCACUUUCUUAAUUUGUUGGAGAUUAUGGUGCAGGACGAUUGUAAGCCUUCUAUUGCUUUACUUACAGGUUCAACCCCACUAAAGCAAUCCCGUAUGAUUCGUAAGGAUCUCCAAACAGGAGAUAUCUCUUUGGUCAUUGGAACCCACAGUUUGAUAGCUGAAAGUGUUGAGUUUUGUGCUCUACGCCUUGCUAUUGUGGAUGAGCAGCAGCGCUUUGGUGUUAUCCAGAGAGGAAGAUUUAACAGUAAGUUAUAUAAUACUUAUACAAGUUCAAGUACAGAAACUGAAAAUUCAGAUGGGUCCUCAAAAGGUGAUGGGAAUAUGGCCCCUCAUAUUCUUGCCAUGUCAGCUACUCCUAUCCCAAGGACACUUGCUCUUGCUUUAUAUGGUGAUAUGUCCCUAACACAAAUCACUGACUUACCGCCUGGAAGAAAACCAGUUAAAACCUACAUUAUUGAAGGAAAUGAUAAUGGCUUUGAAGAUGUCUACAAGAUGAUGCUUUAUGAAUUAGAAUCAGGAGGUAAAGUGUAUCUGGUGUAUCCAGUGAUUAAACAAUCUGAGCAAUUGCCUCAACUUCGUGCUGCUUCUGUGGAACUUGAAACUGUAUCAUCCAGGUUUAAAAAAUUCAGCUGCGGGUUGUUACAUGGGAGAAUGAAGAGCGAUGAAAAAGACGAAGCUUUAAGACGGUUUAGAUCUGGAGAAACACAUAUUCUGCUUUCCACUCAAGUAAUUGAAAUUGGUGUUGAUGUUCCAGAUGCAUCUAUGAUGGUUGUUAUGAAUGCUGAGAGAUUUGGAAUGGCUCAGCUACACCAACUUAGAGGACGAGUUGGACGCGGCGAGAGGGAAUCUAAAUGCAUAUUAGUAGCAUCAAGCACGAAUAGCUUAAAACGGCUGCAGGUGCUGGAGAAAUCAUCAGACGGAUUUUACUUGGCCAAUAUGGAUCUUCUUCAGCGUGGACCAGGUGACUUGCUCGGCAAAAAACAGUCGGGACACCUUCCAGAAUUUCCUAUUGCAAGAUUGGAAAUAGAUGGGAAUAUAUUGCAAGAUGCUCACUUAGCUGCCCUGAAAAUCUUAAGCGAUUCACAUGAUCUCAAGCGAUUUCCAGCACUUAAAGCAGAGCUUAGCAUGAGACAGCCACUUUCUCUAUUCGGUGACUGAGAACAGUUUUUGAUGGCGAGCGUCAAAAUAUAUUUCAGGUAACUGUAAUUUUGUAUAUAAUGUAAUGCUUAUAGUUCCAAAUUUCCAUUUGUAAACUUUGUAGUGAUGAUGCCCAAUUCUUCAAUUUUGUACUUUGUUAGUUUGUAGUAUUGAAUCCAAUUAUUUGUUCAAUUCGAAAUAACGAUAUCAUAUACAAA